AAAACAGGGACUGUGAUCGUGGGGUUCUGCGCCCGGCGCUGUCUGGUUCUGAAUAAUCCCGCGGCGUGGGGGGGAACCCACGGCACGGAGGCGGCGCGUCGCUGACGACAGCGCGGAGAUUUCUGCCCCUCCGAAGGCCUCCGAGGACGGGCUGGAAAGCCAGCGAGUCGCCGCGGAAGCUGCUAGCGCGCCUGGAAGGAGCCGCGUCGGCCAGAAGGAGACCGAACCCCGGGCCGCUGACCUGCCUGCUCCGCCUGCGGGGAUCCCCCGGUAGUACCGGGCGCGCAGGGGGGGGGAGGUCCGUGAUUUGCUUCGCCCGGCUGCCAUGAGAGAAGCCCGGGACCGUGUGGAAGAAUGCGCCGCCUCCUCCCGGUGCUAGCUCCGCCGCGGCUCCAUGGCCACCAGUAACAACAUGCUCCUGGCCUCCGCCGUGGUGGUGUGGGAAUGGCUCAACGAGCACGGCCGGUGGCGGCCCUACAGCCCCGCCGUCUCACACCAGAUAGAGGCGGCCAUCCGGAGCAGCGACCCCCGCGGAGGGAGCGUGGUCCUCGGCCAGGUGGACAGCAGGCUCUCGCCGUACAUCAUCGACCUCCAGUCCAUGCACCAGUUCAGACAGGACACAGGAACCAUCCGUCCGGUCCGGAGGACCUUUUAUGACCCGGCCUCCGCCCCGGGUCAGGGCUGGCAGUGGGAGUGGGAGAACGACGCCGGCACGUGGACGCCGUACGACAUGGAGGUGGCCAUCGCCAUCGAGAGCGCCCACAGCCGCCAGCAGACCUGCCUGGACCUGACGCCGCUCGGGUUCUGCUACCUCAUUGACUUCAAGAACAUGACGCAGGUGAACAGGCAGAGCCAGCGGUGCCGGAGGAUCCAGAGGCGCGCCGACAUGGCCUACCCGCUGGUGUCGGGUCCGCUCCCCGUGCCCAAAGGAGGGGGGGCGGGCGGCGGCCUGACGGGGGCCCUGCUGGGCGUCGGCGUGUCCGGCGCCGGAGUCGGCGGCCCCGUCACGGCGAACGGCGGGCUGCCGGUUCUGGGUCUGGGCCAGCCGUGCUCCUGCCAGCAGUGCAUGCUGGUCCUGAGCGUGAAGACCCACACGGCGGGCGGCCCGGCGGCGGUGCAGACUCUGAGCCGGCGCGCUCUCACCAUGCAGCGGCCCAGGAACGCGGCGGCGCCCGGCGCCCGCCCGCUGAGCCCGGCCAAGGCGGCCACCCUGGGGCGGGGGCUGCAGCAGAACCCGGGCUACUACCAGACGCUGCCGCACGGCCUCGCCAUCAGCAGAAACACCGCCUCGCCCCGCCGCAACGCACAGCUCUUCGCCCAGUCGCUGGCCGCCCUCACCGCCGGCGCCUCCGCCAUGGCCGUGUCCGCGUCUUCCACCCGGCCGCCGCCCCCCUCCCUGCCGCCGCCGCUGCCCCCCUCCCACCAGAACCCGCCGUCCAUCCCCCCCAAGCUCUCCUCCUCCUCCUCGGCCAACGAGUCGGUGCCGACCGCCACCUUGGUCACGCCCGCCAGCAGCGUGACCACGCCCCCCUCCCCCGUGCCGUCUCCGUCGCCCGUGGUGAUGAAGCCGCAGCGGACGCCGUCGACGGCGGCGUGCCACGCCCCCCUGCCGCCGCGGUCCAGCCUGGCCGGGCUGAGCCGGCCGGCGCUGCAGCGGAUCGCCAUGGCCCAGUCCAGGUCGCUGAUCGCGUCAGGCGUUCCCACGGUGCCGGUGAAGAACCUGAACGGGUCCAGUCCGGUCCACCCGGCGCUGGCCGGGAUCACGGGGAUCCUGAUGAGCGCGGCGGCGCUGCCCGUCUGUCUGACCCGGCCCCCCAAGCUGGUUCUGCACCCCCCACCCGUCAGCAAGAGCGACAUCAAGCCGGUACCGGGCUUCAGCCACUGCUGCAGGAAGACCACCAAGAAGCAGGUCCGCAAAGGCAAGACGCCGGAGGAGGUGGUGAAGAAGUACCUGCAGAAAGUGAAGAGUCCUCCAGAGGAGGACUGCACCAUCUGCAUGGAGCCGCUGGGGGGGCCGUCCGGGUACAAAGGUCCGGGCGUGGGUCCCGUGUCCAAGGCGGAGUCGGUGGGGCGGCUGGCCCAGUGCGGACACCAGUACCACUUCCAGUGUCUGGUGGCCAUGUACAACAACGGCAACAAGGACGGCAGCCUCCAGUGUCCCACCUGUAAAACCAUCUACGGCGUGAAGACGGGCAACCAGCCCGCCGGCAAGAUGGAGUUCCACGUCAUCCCCCACUCCCUGCCGGGUCACCCCGACUGCAAGACCAUCCGCAUCAUCUACAACAUACCGCCCGGCAUUCAGGGACCAGAGCAUCCGAACCCAGGGAAGCCCUUCACUGCCAGAGGCUUUCCACGACACUGCUACCUCCCAGACAGCGACAAGGGCCGCAAGGUUCUGAGGCUGCUCCUGGUGGCGUGGGACCGCCGGCUCAUCUUCUCCGUCGGCACCUCAAGCACCACAGGAGAGUCCGACACCGUCAUCUGGAACGAGGUCCACCACAAGACGGAGUUCGGCUCCAACCUGACGGGCCACGGCUUCCCCGACCCGGGUCACCUGGACAACGUCCUGGAGGAGCUGCGCGUUCAGGGCAUCACCGAGGAAGACGGCGUGGUGGAGAAGUGAGCGACCCGACGGAGCGGAGGAGGCGGUUCUGGACGGGGGGGGGGGGGACUCUCCACCAGCAGCUAGGAGUUCUGGAAGAGGAGAACCUGGUUCCACUCAGACUGUAGCUGUCGGUGCCGGCGCAGCCUUUCAAUGCAAGCUGCUCCAAAUGUCAGUUUCUGAACCAGCGCAUUAAACCGAGGGGGGGGGGGGGGGGUCUGGUUCUGGUUCUGGUUCUAGGUACUAAACUAGGGGGAGAAUGAAUGGUACUAACACCUAGAAACAAGUUAACUUUACUGAGUGAACGGGUCAUAAAAAGAUGGAGAGAAGCAGAAAAACUGGGAGGAUGGAGAUGGAAGGAGGAGGAAGAGGAGGAGGAGGGAGGAAGGUGUGUGAAUGUGCUUUAGGACAGCGGUAGAAAUUAACUUGUGUGGUGCGUUCAGGUACCUGAUGGACCGUCAGAGACCGGAGUUCAUGUCAUGUGGCGCUGCGGGGACAGGGCGCCCCCUGGUGGGCGUUCUGCGGCGCUGCAGUUUCAUCGUUUAGCUUCACUUCACCCUGGGAGAAGAUCCAGAACGGCAGGUUCUGGAGCGGUUCUGGAGGUUCUGGAGCGGUUCUGUUAGCCGCAGCCACCCAGGCUGCAUUCAGGGAACGCUGGGAUAUCAGAACCUCAGCUCCUGUCAUGUUUCGCCCUUUACUGCUAAAAUCUGGAAGGAGUUUUCUUUAUCAAACAUCCAGAAUCCAGAGUUUCCUCCAGUGAGCUGGAAGCUGAUUUUACGCUCAGUUAAAAAGUAUUAUUCUGAUACUUUAUGUAAAUUAUUCCCUUAUUUGGCAACUGAACUAGUGGAAAUCUUUAGUAGAUCCUUACCUGAUCUAAUGUCAGGAAAAUUAACUUUCCUGGAAGUUUGACCAAAUCCUUUCUUGAGGAAAGUAAAACGCGACCUGUUUGAUAUUUUUUAUCAUCUCAGAUCAAAAUGAUCAAAAUGAUUUGGUCCCCUGAGGUUCAUUAAAUGCGUCUUUAUUCUGGACUCUGCUGCCUCUGAUUGGCUGCCAUGUGCUGGGCUCAGCCAAUCAGGAGGCGUGUAGAUGGCGAGGUUUAUGCACUUUCUUUGUCAGAUAAAGAAUAAUCGCAGCUGAAGAGGCGGAGUCCGUCUGGCCGGGUCUCUGAGGUUCUGUUAGCGACCCGGAUCGCCGUCACAGCCGCGGAUCCGGGACCAGACUUGGAUUUGGGUUCUUGUAUCAUAAUCUAUCCGCCGCUGAUUGUCCUAACGAUGUUACAGCCUCCACUCUAAUGUCUUUAUUAAGUUGCUUUUUUAAUCACCUGUAGGUACAUGUUUGCUUUUUAAUAGCAUUAUUGACACUAUUCUAGAAUAAAUUGCCUUUUUUUUUUUUUGUCUCUUAUAUUUUGUACAUUCAUGUGGCGCUCACUAAGCCUGGUUGUUUUCAAAGACAGUGUUAUUGAAUACGACGUCUUUUGUUGUUCUGUGUCCAGAAACGAAGCUGAUUUGCAUCUUUUCUUUGGAAAAGGACAUUUCACAGUGACUUUUAUCUUGUAAUGUGUUUUUUUUUCCUAACUGAAAGUCAGAGCUGUGUGUUCCUGCAGUUCUGUGAGCUACAGGAAGCUCUUAGUGUCACAUAUCAGCUGUCCUGCUGCUGGACGCUCAGGUCGGUUAGUCAGGAUCCACUUUUCCUGCUCUUUGGUCCAGACGCUGCACGCUGACCUGGUCAGGAGGCGUUUUUUCUUUCUGACUGCAGGUAACAGGUGCGCCUGCAGCGUCUGAGGCCAGCUGUGAUGUCCUUUUUUUUUUUUAUUUCAGCCAUCGCUGUGUCUCAUCCCCGCUGACAGCAACUCUCCUCACCAGUAAAUCUGUGCAUUGUUGGCCCACUGUGAGGUGGGAGGAGAGACGUGACCGCAGAGCUGGUCUGAAAGCAUGAAAACAUGACUAAAAAGUGUAAAUAUAUGGCAAAAAAAUAAUUGCUGGAGUAUGAAUGAUUAAUACGAGAAAAAUAAAGAAUGAAUGAAAUUUAAA